CAGCGGCCUGUAACACACACGUGGCAAGCUGUUUGUUCAUUCUGAGAGUAACACACACGUGGCAAGCUGUUUGUUCAUUCUGAGAUAUUCGAAGAAAAGACCCCUAACCAUGGCUGACAAAGCUCCAAACAACAGUGGCAGCAGAUUGGACAAUGAAACUCUGUCUAUACUUCAAACCAAAUGGUCUAGUGAUCUUACCUCAGCCAUCUAUGCCAUUGUGACUCUGGUCAACCUCUGUGGAAAUGGCCUUUCACUGUGGCUGCUGCUGGUCCGCACCUCGCCAAAGACCCCUUCCAUCAUAUUCAUGAUCAACCUUACUAUCACUGACCUCGCCCUGGGCUUAAUGCUUCCCUUCCAGAUCAUAUACCUAAUGCAUGGCUACAACUGGACCCUGGGCUCAAGCAUGUGCAACAUCCUCACUGUAGUCUUCUUUGCUAACAUGUACUGUUCCAUUUUGACAAUGACUGCAAUAAGCAUUGACCGCUACAUGGGCAUAGUGCAAGUAAUGCGCUUCAGGGAGCGCAGACAGAAGACCAAGUAUGCAAUUGGUAUUUGUAUGGUCAUGUGGGCCAUUGUCCUAACCAUUCUCAGCCCACUGGAGACCACUGAUCUGACGUUUUAUGUGCAAGAGCUCAACAUCACCACCUGCUUUGAUGUUCUGAAGAAGGACAUGCUCCCAACAACCACACAUUGGGCUGCUUUCCUGUUUGCAUUGUUUGGUGUGCUGUUUCUCUGCCCCUUCAUCAUAACAGUCUACAGCUACAUCAGGAUCAUCUGCGCGCUGGUCAGCAGCGCCAAGAACAUCCAGAAAAGGCGCGCUGUGCACCUGGCAUUCACAGUCUUGUUCGUCUUUGUCGUCUGUUUUGCACCGAACAACAUCUUGCUUCUGGCUCAUUCAGUCACCAAACUUUUCUUUGACAAAUCUCUCUACAUGUACUACAAGCUGUCCCUGUCACUUAGCUGCAUCAACAGCUGUCUGGAUCCAUUCAUUUACUAUUUCGCCUCAAAGGAGUUCCGUCGAAAGAUGAGACAGAUGUUGAGGCUGCGAAGCCUCAGCACACUAGAUAAUGAAAUGACUGAAGGCCACAGAGAGAGCUUAUUCUCGAAUCGUACUGUUUCUAACGGCAAUGCUGAGGAUGGAAACAUAGAGAACCGCACUACUCCGGCUGUUAAGGGGAAGCUGGCCUGCUCAUGUGACUUUUAAAAACAAAUGCCAGGAUAUCAAUAUCGCUGUUUUAAAAUCUUCGUGUAGACAUUAUUUACAAACCAUCACAUUAAAUAUUUAAGCUUUUUGGAGCUAUUUUCAUGUAGCAUGUGAAUAUUUAUUCUGUAGUUCACUGGGAUCAUUCUUUCCCACACUGAUUUCUUUAAAAAUAUAUAUUCUGCAGCAAAAUGUAUUAAAAUCUUUAUUUGGCAGCUAUCUAAGUUUUGCUAUUUAAUUAUGAAUAAAUUAUACAUAAAUUAUAAAUAUACUGUUCUGUAAAAAGUGUCCAUUUACCAAAUGUAAACAUUAUUUGGUAGAAAUGCACUAAGAAUCUCAGGGGUUUAUAUAGUAGCUCUUACCAAAGCAUUCAGAUGUAUUAAUUGUGUUUUCUUGCUUUAUUUUGUGUAAGCUUGUUAUUGUAUCUCAAAUGUUUUUUUUCUGAUGAUUUUUGAUUAUAUUACAGUAUCGUGGAAAUCAAUUGUAACAUGUUUUCACAAUAAAUCCUGCUUUUUUAAAUAA